AUGGCUUGCUUUGGUUGGUGUGGGAAAGUUAACGAAGAACCUUCGAAAGUGGUGGAGUUCAAUGCAUCACCAGCAUAUGUACUAAAAGCUCCAGCGCCUGGUCAAGUCCAUAACGGUCUAGGUUUGGGUGGAGUUCAAAGAGGUGACCAGUUCGGAACCAGAACUUUUCGGGGCGGCGCUACCGCGGCCCCCGUUGUCGUACCAGGCAACAACAUAGAAGAAGUUUCGAGAGUCUAUCAACCUCCUGACAAGGCCAUAGCUGCGCCCGUUUCCGAAUGGGUCGUAGGACUAGAUUUCGGAACCACUUACUCAGGAUUUGCUUACGCAAAAGUAGCAGAUCCAGAGAACAUCCAUGUCUAUUACGACUGGCCGAGCAGGAUUAGUGAGAAACCGUAUUGCAAGACAUUGACGGGAAUCUACUACAAGGUGACAGCACCGGGGAGGUUGCAGUGCUCAUCUUGGGGUCACCACGCUCGUUCAGAUUAUAUAGCAGGUGCCUCGAACCCUGCGGUCAAAGGGUACUAUUUGUCGAAAUUCAAGCUGCUCUUGAAGAAAGACUUGGAUGAUGCUUUUUUGGCGUCAAGCAUACCGCAGCCGCUCACGGUUAACACCAUCAUCAAAGAUUAUUUGAAGUGCAUCGGUGAGCUUGCUUUGACGGUGAUAAAGAACCACGAGGGGGAGGUGAAUUUCAGAAGGAACUCCGUGCAAUGGUGCGUGACGGUGCCGUCUAUUUGGGAUGAUACUGCGAAGCAGCAGAUGAAGGCGUGUAUGGUGAAUGCCGGUCUUGUGUCCGGCGAUGGUGGAAUAGAGUCGGUGAAAGUUGUAUUGGAGCCAGAAGCUGCUUCCUUCCAUUGCCACCAAAUUUUACGACUGAAGCACAAGGAUUUGACCUUGCAUAGGAAGGAUAAGAUUCUGGUUGCCGAUGUUGGAGGCGGAACGGUUGACAUUGUUGUGCAGGAGUUGAUAGGCUCCGGGAACGAUUAUAAGGUGCAAGAGCUCACGGAAAGCUCUGGAGGUCUCUGUGGCGGGACCUUUGUUGACGAAUCUUUCUUGCGAUUCUUGUCUAAAAGAAUAGGAUGUCUGGACGAGUUUUUGCGGUCGGUUGUCCCGUCCUACAGGUCGCGCCUGCUCAAAGAUUGGGAAACAAUCAAAUGCGGAUUUGGUAGUGAGAUGAUGACGACUUACGAUUCAACGGAGAUUACUAUUCAUAACAGGUUAGCUGCAAGCUGGGAAGCUUACGAAAAGGAACGAGGAUAUCCACCACGGGAUUCAUAUAGCGAAGUUGAGCUCACGCAGCAGGAUUUGAAGGACAUUUUCGAUCCAGUGGUGGAUGAGGUCAUCGAAUUGAUUGCCGCUCAGCUCAUGCAAGUGAGCGAUAUCAAAAUGAUGUUCGUCGUGGGCGGGUUUGCAGGCUCUCAUUAUUUAAUGCAGAGAAUCCGAGCGCGUUUCAGCCACGAUGUAGAACACAUCGUUAGUCCUCCUAACCCUGGAAGCGCUAUCAUCCAAGGUGCCGUUGCUCUUGCGCUCAAUCCUGAUGCAGUUGUGGCUCGAGUCCUUAAGAAAACGUACGGGACCAGUGUCACCUUGCGUUUUCAGCGUGGUGUAGAUCCUGAAGAGUUUCUGAAAGUUGGCGACGAUGGGAUGGAGUGGUGUCGCAACAGAUUCGACCCUUUCGUGAAGAAAGGAAAUCGGAUCGAGGUCAACAAAUUCGUAUCAAAGGAAUACGUCCCUCACAGUGAUGGCCAAGCACAAAUGAUGUUCGAUUUGUACAGUUCCGAUCUGCUGGAGCCACGGUACACACAGGGCCCCGACGUUGUCAGGGAAGGAGGGUUCGCCAUCGAUUUACCGACUAACUACCGGGUAACUGAAAUGCCGAUUUUCGAGUGUACAAUCUACUUCGGCCGCACCAGCCUCGAGCUCAGAGCAGAGGCUAAGUUCAAACAUCACGACGGAGAAAGGCCUCACGUCAUGGAGCUGCCUGUACGGUACUACAGCUGA